CGACAAUACCCGAUGUCAAUGGAGGCCAAAAAGGGCAUCACACCACAUAUCCGUCGCCUCCUAGACUUAGGCAUCUUGCGUCCCUGCCAUUCAGCCUGGAACACCCCCCUGCUGCCCGUACGAAAACCUAACAGUGCAGACUACCGUCCGGUACAAGACCUGAGAGAAGUUAACCGCCGAGUCAUGGACAUACACCCAACAGUACCCAACCCCUAUACCCUCCUAAGUGCCCUCAGCCCAGAAAAACAAUGGUAUACGGUCCUUGAUUUAAAAGAUGCUUUUUUCAGCCUGCCUCUGGCCCCCAAAAGCCAGGAGCUCUUCGCCUUCGAGUGGUUCGACCCUGAGAGAGGCAUAAAUGGGCAACUCACCUGGACCCGGCUCCCCCAAGGAUUUAAAAACUCACCCACCUUGUUCGAUGAGGCACUCCACGAGGAUCUGGGUGAGUACCGGAAUCAAAACCCCGAAGUAACUCUCUUACAGUACGUUGACGAUCUUUUAAUCGCCGCUGAGACUGCCGAAGCUUGCUUGCAAGGCACCAAAAAUCUCCUCCGGACACUUGGUGCCCUGGGGUACCGGGCUUCAGCAAAGAAAGCCCAAAUUUGCAGAUCCGAGGUAACCUACUUGGGGUAUCUGUUAAGGGAAGGCCAACGAUGGCUCACUGAUGCACGGAAGGAAACCGUUCUCCGCAUCCCCCGACCCACGACCCGAAGGCAGGUAAGAGAGUUCCUGGGAUCAGCCGGGUUCUGCCGCUUGUGGAUACCUCGGUUCGCCGAGAUGGCUAAGCCUCUUUACUUGGUCACCCGAGAACGGGCGCCCUUUGAGUGGACAGAGGAAACUGAGCAGGCUUUCCAGCAAAUUAAACUCGCCCUGCUGUCGGCACCAGCCUUAGGGCUCCCCGAUGUCUCCAAACCUUUUCAUCUCUUCGUAGAUGAAAAUAAAGGGGUAGCCAAAGCAGUGCUGACGCAACUCCUUGGCCCAUGGCCCAGGCCUGUUGCCUAUCUUUCAAAAAGACUGGACCCAGUAGCGGCUGGCUGGCCUCCUUGCCUCCGUAUGAUAGCUGCUACAGCUCUAAUGGUAAAGGAUGCUGAUAAGUUAACUAUGGGACAAGAGUUACAUAUCACAACCCCUCAUGCCAUCGAGGGAGUCCUCAAACAACCUCCUGACCGAUGGAUUAGCAAUGCCCGACUGGUUCACUACCAGGGACUCUUAUUAAAUCCCCUCAGAAUCAUUUAUGCUCCCACCAGAACACUAAACCCUGCCUCCCUGUUACCAGACCCGGACUUAGAUACCCCUCUCCAUGACUGCGCUGAGAUAUUGGCACAGGUUCAUGGAGUUCGGGAAGAUUUACAGGAUCAUCCACUGCCAGACGCCGAAGUUACCUGGUUCACUGACGGCAGCAGCUUUAUACAUCAAGGUCAAAGGUACGCGGGGGCAGCAGUCACAACUGAAACUGAGACUGUUUGGGCAGAGCCUUUGCCAGCUGGCACCUCUGCCCAACGGGCUGAACUUGUGGCCUUAACCAAGGCACUGACUUUGGGAAAAGACAAGAGACUAAACGUGUACACCGAUAGCAGAUAUGCUUUUGCUACGGCCCACAUACAUGGAGGUAUAUACAGAGAGAGGGGACUGUUAACUGCAGAAGGGAAAACCAUCAAAAACAAAGAAGAAAUAUUGGCUCUUUUAAAGGCACUCUGGCUGCCUAAACGACUAGCCAUCAUACAUUGCCCAGGCCACCAAAAACCGAUCACACCGGUGGCCAGAGGAAAUAAUCUGGCUGACCAGGUGGCCCGAGAGGUGGCCUUACAGGUGGACUGUGCUUUAAUGACCACCCUACCAGACCCCGACUGUAGCAUAAUCCUCCCAGAGGAAAUGGGAAAUAAAGUUUUAUCCAAGAUGCACCGAGCCACUCAUAUGGGCACGAGAAAAAUGCAAGACUUAAUAAGACAUGCUAGGAUCACCAUCAAAGACUCUAGGACAAAAAUCGAACAGAUAGUUACUAGCUGUAAAUCUUGCCAACUAACUAACGCCACCAACCACGGGAAAAACCCUGGCUCAAGAACUCGCGGAACCAGGCCGGGAGCCUAUUGGGAAGUAGACUUCACCGAGGUAAAGCCUGGAAAAUAUGGAUACAAAUAUCUGCUAGUGUUUAUAGAUACCUUUUCAGGAUGGACAGAGGCCUUCCCCACCAAGCAUGAGACUGCACAGAUAGUAGCAAAGAAAAUGUUGGAAGACAUCAUGCCCAGGUACGGAUUCCCUACCCUAAUAGGAUCAGACAAUGGACCAGCAUUCAUUUCAAAGGUAAUACAAGGGAUAGCGCAGUUUAUUGGGGCCGAUUGGAAACUACAUUGUGCAUAUAGACCCCAAAGUUCAGGACAGGUAGAAAGAAUGAAUAGAACCCUAAAAGAGACCCUAACCAAAUUGACCAUGGAGACUGGCGCUAACUGGGUAGUCUUACUCCCCUACGCUCUGUUCAGGGUGCGGAAUUCCCCUUACAAACUUGGAUUAACCCCCUUUGAAAUCAUGUAUGGAGUGCCCCCCCCUAUAAUUCCCAACCUACAGUCUAAUGUGUUAACUGAAUUUGAUGAUCAUGAACUUCUUAUUUCCCUGAGGGAACUACAGCACACCCACCAGGAAGUUUGGCCCAGAUUGAGAGCCAUUUAUGAGAACGGGCCCCCUCCUGAGCCGCAUCACUACCGACCCGGA